UAUUAGUUGAAAUGAGCUCCCAGCAAUUCCCGCGACACGGGCUGCCAGUCUCCAGCGGGGGCGCGCCUCAGAUCUCUGCAGCUGGAACCCUGCUGUCCGUCAGUCACCCACAAGCUGGUGGAGUUGCCGACAGCGGUCGGGAUGCUGACCACGGGCAGCAGGAUCAUCCACACUCCGGGGGCGGGGGAACCUUGGCCUUCAGAGAUGAGAAGCAGGAGACCAUGGUGGUCCGACCUUACCCACAAGUACAGACGCAUGGACAGCUGCAAGCCAUCCCUCAGACCAUGCCCAUUCAGCCCGGCACACCCAUGACUGUCCCGGCCCCCUCUGUCCACCUCCCGCAGGGCCAGCCUGCUGUCCUUACUGAGGGACAGAUGAAGGCUGUCUUGAAGUCACCUAUGCCAAGUCGUCUUAUUGCCCCAGCACCAGCUUCCAACCAGGGUCAUAUCCCCAUACCCCCCAAGGUGCCGGGUCACAUUACUGUCACCAUAGAGAACAGUAUUACUCCAACCACCUCUAUUCCCGUGGCAACCAUCAGUGGUCAGCAGGGUCACUCGAGCAACUUACACCACCUGAUGCCGGCAAACAUUCAGAUCAUCAGGGGAAAUGGCCCUGCGGUGCCACCCCAGACCUUCACCUCCCAUUUACCUCGAGGGGCUGCUGCAGCAGCUGUUAUGUCCAGCUCCAAAACGGUCCUGCGGCCGGCCACCGGAGCAAAUGCAGGCCCCGGCCAGCCGACAGUGCAGCACAUCAUCCACCAGACGAUUCAGUCCCGCCCUGCCGUGACAACGUCCACAGCCGUGCUUCCAACUGUGGUGGCACCUCUUUCCAGAACUCUGGCCCCGGUCAUUAGCCCAACAGCCACACACUCUGCAGAGGUCACGCAUGGGCGUCCAGGGCUGACCAUUCACCCCCCUUCGGCCACCGUCAGUAUUCAGAGGUCUCAGACAUCCCGUGACACUGCCACGCGGAUCACGCUGCCGUCCCACCCAGCGAUCGGGGCCCAAAAGCCUCAGCCUCCGCACACCAUGACACAGAAGCCCAUCUUUAGUCCCGUAACACCAGUAGCCGCGGCAACUGUGGCGCCUAUCGUUGCCACUAACACUGUGCCAUCAACCACCUCAAUGGGCUCUGUGCCACACAGCCAAAUGUCCAGCAACACCAUUGUCACCAUGACAAUGGCCUCGCACUCCUCUCAUGCUGCAGCAGUGACCACCUCUGCCAUCCCCGUUGCUAAAGUCGUCCCUCAGCCCAUCGCCCACUCCUCGUCGCGUGUGCAGCCCGACUACCCCGGAGAGAGAACCAACCUCAUCCCCAUCCCAGGCCACCGGUCAUCUCCUAACCCCGUCACCAUGGAAGCAAGAAGUGAUAACAGGCCCUCGGUGCCUGUGCAGUUCCAGUAUUUCCUGCCGGCGUACUCCUCGUCGUACCCUCUGACACACACGUACACCCCCAUCAACAGCUCUGUAUCUACCAUCCGCCAGUAUCCUGUUACUCCUCAAGCUCCGAGCUCAGCGAUGCCCGCCCAAGCUGGAGUCGGCGUGGCAACCACUGUCCAUCUAAACCACAUGCAGCUGAUGGCGGUGGACCGGAUCGGUCUCCCGUCUGCGCAAAUCAACACGCAGCCGGCGGCCAUCGCCGCGCAGGGCAUCCAGCCCGCACCGAUAGGAGUGCAGGGCCUGCACACGUCUGCGCCGAUGGGCACGCAGGGACUACAGCAGGUGCCGCUAGUCACUCAGCAGCAACAAGUGCAGUCUGAAGCAAAACCUGGGGUUGUUUUGGCCGAUGGCUUUGUAGCGAGUCCCAUCAGCAGCACGUUCAGCACCACCCAGCCAGUGGCCACCAUGGUGCAGGCACACGCCCAGGGAGGGCUAGGAGGAGCCCCCACCCUGGUCUCCUCCCCUAGACCCAGCAUCCUCCGCAAGAAGCCCGCUAAUGAAGGUUGUGUUCGCAAGAACCUGAUCCCCGCCCAGCCCGGUGAACCCGGUAGCGGCAGAAUGGAGAGUGGCGUGAGGGGAGCCGGAUCUCCCCGACCCGCAGGUGUGAAACCCAAAGCUGAGGUGCACAUGGUCGCGGCCCCUCCUGUCAUGGCCACAGUAGAGGCCCUUGCUUCCCAGGGAGGAGAGCAGCAGGCCAUGUCCUCAAAUGCCCAGCACCUCGCCCAAGCCAUCCCCGCCAUGCUCGCCACGCAAGGGCCCGCGCCUCCUUCCCAGGCCUCAACUGUCCUCUCGGCGCUGCCCGCAGCCAUGGCCGUGACUCCCCCGGCUCCCGCUUCAAUGGCCAACAACGUGGCCUCCCCGACUCAGCCCGCGGCCAGUAGCACCGCGGCUUCUUCCGCCAGCUCCGCCUUUCCCGAUUUGAAAAUCAAGCAGGAGAUGGAUACCAUGGACACCUCGCAGCCGGAUCCUAACGCAAACUUGUCGUCAGCCCCAGCCCUCCCCGGCCACUCCACCCUGAGCGCUCCUGCUACUGGAGAUCUGAUCCCCGGGGCCUCCCCGAGGAAGAAGCCCCGCAAGCAGCAGCACGUUAUUUCCACAGAGGAGAGCGAGAUGGUGGAGACCAACAGCACGGAUGAGGAGAAGGCCCCAGGCAGGCCCAUCACCGGCAGGGCGGAGAGGCGCGAGUCCCCACCCAGGGAAUAUGUUGAUGAGGAAGGAGUACGUUAUGUACCAGUCAGACCUCGGCCGCCUGUUACUCUUCUGCGGCACUACAGGAACCCCUGGAAAGCUGCCUACCACCACUUCCAGAGGUACAGCGACAUCCGGGUCAAAGAGGAGAAGAAGGGCAGCUUACAGGAUAUGGCCAACCAGAGGGGAGUGGCAUGCAGAGCACAGGGCUGGAAGAUCCACCUGUGUGCUGCACAGCUCAGGCAGCUGUCAAGUUUGGAGCAUGAUGUGUACAGCCGCCUCUCCACCCUUCAAGAGGGUUUGAUUCCUAAGAAGAGAGCCGGCUCCGAUGACGACCUUCACCGAAUCAACGAGCUCAUACAGGGUAACAUGCAGCGCUGCAAGCUGGUGAUGGACCAGGUCACCGAGGCCAGAGACACCAUGAUGAAGGUGCUCGACCACAAGGAGAAAGUGCUGAAGCUGCUCAAUAAGAACGUCGCCGCCAAGAAGUCCUCCAAACUGAAGCGCAAAGAGAGGGCGUAGGCUUGGACCUUCUCCUCUCUCCCCCCGUCCCCCACUCUCUCUCACUCUCUCUCUAACGGGGGUGAAGGAGCUGCUCAGCAUUUGGUGCUAUGAUUUGCUGCGUACAAUCGCACGUGCCCUUCCUAUCUGCUCGAGAGCAGACGUGGACUUCAAGAAGCAGACCAGCCCAUCAGGAAUAGGUUCUCAUUCAAGACCCAACGCACAUAUUGAGCGCGGAGCAUUUUAGGUUACAUUAGAGUGGCCAACUGGACGGCCCUGUCACUGACCCCCCCCCUUCUUUUUUCGUAAAUUUUUGAAGACCCAGAGACCAUUUCUUACUAACUUAAUUUCUGCCUCUUCUUGUGUUAUCAUAUGAUAUGUUGGCACUAAACGCGGGUUGCAGUAGAUGUUGAUGGACGUAUUUCACUUCAGAGUUAUUGAUAGAUUGGGCCAAAUCCAAAUCAUCUAAAAGGGGUCCCUUUUAGCAAGCUGUGUGUAUGCUGACUGAUCUCAGUCGUGCCCUUUUCAUUAAUCUGUGCCUUCAUUUGAUCGGUGUACGUGAAAUAGACGGGGGCACGUGAAAUAUGUAUUCUGAAAAUAUCAUUCAAAGGAAAGCUUCCAUUUCAGGUUUGUUCAUCUAUUGUAUGGGUAAACAAUUACCACAUUACCAGCCACAGCGUGAGCUGUAAUCUAAAGAUAUGGAAGUGCUUACAUUGGUUGAGGUAAAAUAAAAGUACUCAAAUUGAAUGGAUUUCUGGGAUAGCUAAAAAGAAAUGCUCUUAAAGAAACAGUGUCCUGAAAGAGACGACACACUGCAUAUUGCCAAGUUAACUUCACGUUUAAACUGCCAUGAAUCAUCUAAUUAAUCCAAAGUAAAUGGAUGCCAUGGCGGUAAGAACUUUGAUUCGCUUUCAGAAAGUGAAGUGCGUGAGGUAAAGAGAGCCGAGUGUCCUCGCGCACUCACACUGGUGGAUUGAAUUCAUUGUAAAUCACUGUAAAUGUGCUUCUUGGCUUUCCAUUGGUUCGUUUCCAGUUUUUACUCGAUGAAACAUGUCGUGCCGUGUGGUGUGCGCCGCCUCAUUUUUGUAGAGUGUAACGAUAAUGACGUUAUGAGAUGGAGCGAGCCCGAAACAUCUAGCUGUUGUACAUUGUUUUUUUGUCUGUGUAAUUAUAGUAAAGAUACUUAAACCAUGUUAAGUCUGUA